AAAGCACAGUGCCAGUGGGAUAUAUGCAGAGGGAGGCAGUAAGAAGCUGAGGAUUCAGCCGCCAUGGAGGUUCUAGUCUUGGUUGACUUUGAGGGCCUGCUGAGCGACGAGUUGAAGAUCGCUGCCGGCGACAUCAUCCAGAAGGUGCAACCGGGCCCCGAAGAGGGAUGGCUGCAGGGCGAAUUGGGGGGCAAGACAGGUCUUUUCCCUCAGCAUUUUGUGCAGGAAAUCCCAGCAAGUCUCCGAGCGGAUGGUUCCCAGCGGUGUCCCCGAUCUGUCCGCAGCGUCCAUGCUGUGAAAAAGCCGCCCCUGCUGAAGCAGCGCUGGUGCCAAGUCACCUUCCCUUACACCCCCGCCAAAGAAGAUGAGCUGGCAUUGUGUCCUGGAGAGCUGGUGCAAAUCUUGGAGGAGAUUGAGGAUGGCUGGUGGCUGGGCAAGAAGAGCGGGCAGUUGGGUGCCUUCCCUUCCAACUUUGUGCAAGAACUGGGCACCGUCUCUCCAGAACCAAUUUUCCCAGACUCCAAAGCAGGGGCAGCGAAACAGCGGCCCAAAAUGACAGAUGAGACAUUCUUGUUCAGUGAGGCUGAGGCUGGGAAGCUGGAGACGGUGAUGGAGAAGUCUGUUCCCUGCAUCCCGAAGGCCCAGACUCCCCAAACCUCUGCUGCUGACGUGCCUCAGUAUUGCCGAGUCAUGUUUGAUUAUGAACCAGAGCACGAAGAUGAGCUGCCACUCAAGAAGGGUGACUUGGUUCUCUUGCUGAGCAAGGACACUGUGGAUGUGGGUUGGUGGGAAGGGCAGAUCCACGGCAAGAGGGGCCUCUUUCCCGACAACUUUGUCAUGCUUUUGACUCAAGUGAAACCAGGGAUCAAAUCUCAAGUGCCAGUCAGGAGCAAAGACUCUGCCACCAAGUCAACAAAGAAGGUCUUCCAAGUCAGCAAAGUGGACGAGAGACAACUUGGAAACCACAAAGAUGCAAAGGAACAAAAGAAAAUGGACACCCCCAAGCUGAAUCCUCCUGUCAAGAAGGGAGCGCCCACUCCUCCUUUACCUUCAAAGACUCCACCGCUCCCCGUCAUGCCACACAAAUCCUCAAGCUUUCCCAUUUCCUGCACGCCAGCUCCUGUGGGGAAAAGCAAGGCUAGUGAAGUGGAAAUGACUCCUUUCGAUGCUCUCCUUUUCCCCAAUGCCAAACUGAGCCACCCAACAGCAGACCGCCCCAAAAUGCCGGGGAAGAGGCCUCCCAGCCAGCCAACUGCUGGCUUAGUGGUGAAGGCGCCAUCCUUACCUGCCAGAGAGGACUCUCCAGCCCCAGCCAGUGAAAUGCCUCAAAUGGGGGAACACCCAGUGUUCCUGGAGGAUCUCAAGAUGGAGCUUGGCUCGCUGAAGACCUUCAUGGAGGUGUUGCGUGCUCAGCAUCGGAGAGACAUGGAGGAGCUGAAGGAGCAGCUGUGUCAGGAGCAGGCGAAAAGGGCAGCCCUAGAGGCUGAAAUUAAGCAGCUGAAGCAGACCCUGGCCCAGGGCUGUAGGAAUGUGAUCUCUGGGGAUGGAGCCCCAGGCUUCGGUGCCACCUCACCAGUGCAGAACCUGUUGCCUGCUGUCUCCACCAAGGACUCUUGAGGGGAGCCACACCAUUCUCCCAUGGCCUGGAACUGCUGUGGAGGAAAGAUCUAGUCAGCCACUCUGUAGAGUCGGGGGCUUUGUUUCCUUCUGUCCUGCUCCCAUCAAUGUCUUGGGUUCCAGCAUGCACUGCAAGGCCCAGUGCCAUCACUUCCCCCUGCUUGAACUGUUCCGUUUCAGUUGGGCUUGCAAGGAACUGAGAACACCUAUCCUGCCCCCCCGGCAUGGCCUGAAGGUGGGGUACAGCUGGGACUUGCUGGCUGGCACUGCCAGGAUUGGUUUCACCUGUCCUUUUUUGCUGCCUGAAUUCUGCC